CAGAGCUAGACCGGGAGUCGUCUUGAUCAUCAACCUCAUACUUCGAAACCCAUAAACCAGAGAUAAUCUGUCAAAAUGGGUCGACGUCCCGCUCGUUGCUACCGAUACUGCAAGAACAAGCCCUUCCCUAAAUCACGAUACAACCGUGGAGUUCCCGAAGCCAAGAUCAAGAUCUAUGACUUGGGACGAAAGCGAGCCUCUGUCGAUGACUUCCCCUUCUGCUGCCAUCUCGUUUCCGACGAAUACGAACAACUUUCCUCAGAAGCCCUUGAAGCCGCUCGAAUUUGUGCCAACAAGUACAUUGUCAAGACGGCUGGAAAGGAUGCUUUCCACAUGAGAGUUCGAGUUCACCCAUUCCACAUCAUCCGAAUCAACAAGAUGUUGUCCUGUGCCGGUGCCGAUAGACUGCAACAGGGUAUGCGUGGAGCUUGGGGUAAACCAUACGGUUCCGUCGCUCGUGUCAACAUUGGACAAGUCAUCAUGUCUAUCCGAUGCAAGGACUCUCACCGAUCUGUCAUCAUCGAGGCUCUCCGACGUGCUCGAUACAAGUUCCCUGGAAGGCAGAAGAUUGUCAUCUCCAAGAAGUGGGGUUUCACCUCGCUCGACAGAGCCGACUACGCCGCUCUCAAGAAGGAGAAGUUGGUCAUCAACGACGGUGCUUACGUUCAGGUUAGACAUCGCAUCAUUCUUUCCCUUUACGAAAACGCUAACCCCUGUUCAUAGUUCAUCAAGCCCAAGGGUCCC